UGAAACAGAAAUUAGGCACAAUCGAAGAAAAAAAAAGGAAAGAAAAAUGAGUAGAGUGAUAUGCAAAUUCAUUCUAUCAUCCUCUAUCCCUGCUACUCACCUCCGCUUCGCUCCUCUUUGUUCCGCCGCUUCAAGGUCUUCGCGUAUGGCGGCUCAACCUUCUUCUUCGUCGUCUUCCCCUUCCCCUUCCGCCGCCAUCGAUUUUCUCACUCUUUGUCACAGUCUCAAGACGACGAAGCGAGCAGGAUGGAUAAAAAGGGGGGUUCAGGAACCAGAGUCGAUAGCUGAUCACAUGUAUCGGAUGGGAUUAAUGGCUCUUAUAGCUUCUGACAAUCCUAGCGUCAACCGUGAGAAGUGUAUAAAAAUGGCUAUUGUGCACGACAUUGCUGAAGCUAUAGUUGGUGAUAUCACUCCUUCCGACGGGGUUCCAAAGGAAGAAAAGAGCCGACGCGAGCAAGAAGCAUUGCAGAAAAUGUGUGAACUACUUGGAGGAGGUGAAAGAGCUCAGGAGAUUAAGGAAUUAUGGAUGGAGUAUGAACAGAAUUCUUCUAUGGAAGCUAAAGUUGUGAAAGACUUUGACAAGGUGGAGAUGAUACUGCAAGCUCUAGAGUAUGAAACUGAGCAGGGGAAGGAUUUGGAAGAGUUCUUUGAAUCAACUGCAGGGAAGUUCCAAACAGAUCUGGGAAAAGCAUGGGCUCUGGAAAUAGCAUCAAGGAGGAAAAAACACUAACAACUUAGCUUAUAACAUCGUUCAUCUAAUGCCAUUCCCAUCUCGAGGCCACUUCUUUCUGUGUAGGCGGAGUCGUGAGCUUUUCACUUCCAAACUACCAGUGAUUUUAGGAUUUGAGUUUGUAGAAUAUAUGCAGAUUUGGAUCAUAAAUAAUAGCUGGGAAUCAUUUUUAGAACUUCCUUCUUUGUUCUCUGAUAAGGAUAAAUAAAUAUCGGCCAUGAUGCUUUUAUCA